CACCACGUCUCUGUUUUAUUGUCUAAAGAGACAAAAGGAGUUCCACCAAGUAUUCCAUCAUGGGCUCUCUCGUUUCACUCUCUCCACUGCUUCUCUGUGUCCUCUUCCUCUUAUCUUCUCUCCCAUCACCCAUUCUCUCUGCUUCCGUUCGUUGCAACCCUGAAGACUACAAGACCCUCAUGAGAAUCAAGAAAUCCCUCAACAAUCCCUAUCACCUUGCCUCCUGGAUUCCCAACACCGACUGCUGCAACUGGUACUGCGUCGAGUGCGAUGACAACACCAACCGCAUUACCCAGUUCACCAUCUUUCAAAGCAACCUCUCAGGCCAAAUCCCUGCCGCCGUCGGUGACCUCCCCUACCUCGACACCGUUGUUUUCCGUAAGCUCCCCAACCUCUAUGGUUCCAUCCCGUCAUCCAUCACCAAACUCCAGAACCUGAAGAUGCUCCGUCUAAGUUGGAACAACCUCUCCGGUCCAAUCCCUGGGUUCCUGGGCCAACUCAAGAACCUCGAGUAUCUCGAUCUUGCUUUCAACCGGUUCUCCGGUCAAAUCCCAGCUUCCCUCGCCGAUCUCUCAAAACUGGCAGCUCUUCACCUCGACCGAAACAGACUCACUGGAGCCAUACCCGAUUCAUUCGGGAGAUUUAAAGUCGAUACUCAAAAGAGUUUAUAUUCGGGUUUCUACCUCUAUCUAUCUCACAAUCAGCUCUCUGGCGUGAUCCCCAAAUCGUUGGGAGAGGUGAACUUGAUUACCGUUGACGUCUCGAGGAACAAGCUCGUGGGGGACGCAUCGGUGUUGUUCAACCCGAACGGUACGACGCAGACGAUCGAUUUGUCAAGAAACCAGUUCGACUUCGACCUCUCGGGAGUGAAAUUCCCCAAAACAUUGAUUGAUUUGGAAUUGUCGCACAACAUUAUCAGAGGGAGUAUACCCGAAGAGAUCACGGGAUUGGAGCUGCUGCAGGGGCUUAAUGUGAGUUACAAUCGACUGUGCGGACAGAUUCCGGUUGGUGGGAACAUGAAUCGGUUCGGUUAUGAUUCGUUCUUCCAUAAUCGGUGCUUGUGCGGUCAGCCACUCCCAAACUGUAAAUAGUCUCUCCAGUGUAAACGGUGAGGAAUGAGAAUUUUUCGGUGGGCUCCCGUCUCCUUAAGCUAGAAUUUCCCGGUGUGCUUUCCGAUACCGUGUCUUCACUUUGUAAGCUGUACUUUCCAAUGAAUCUGUUAAUCACAAAAUAAGUGCAUUUUGUACGUUUA